AUGGAUAUUUCAGAGCCGAGCGCAGGUUUAGAUUAUGGCUUUGUCGACGUGAACGCACCAUUCACAAAGGCAGAGCGGAUGCAACAACUCAGUGAAAUAGACAAGGUAGGCAAUUGCUGUACGACCAACUCAAUGCGCUCGGAGCUGCGCAACAGACACACCGAUAAACCUGCUUACACGCUUCCAUCACCACAGGACAUCGCAUCUCUUCUCGAAAAGGCCGGCCGAGUCAUCAGCUCGUUGAAACCUAGCCCCGACUCCGCCCCCGACCCCUCCGCCGCCGAACCACAAGACCCGCCACAGCUGGCCGCCUGCAAGGCCGCGACGGACGACUUCUUUGCAACUCUGCAGUCUGUCAACAUUGGCCUCAAGCGCCAAAUUUACGGCCUUGAGGAGGCUGGCAUCAUCACUCUGUCGCAGCCCACCGUCAACGCCGCCGGCAAGACCAAGCCCAAGGGGGAGCUCCCAACCAUGCUUAACGCCGUGGUACCUCCUGUUCAACCGAACGGUGUCGGUGGUAUGGGAGCGGGCAAUCUCGAUGUCGGAUGGCUCAACAGUAGGAGCAACAAGGUUGAUCGCGACAUGGAGGCUGAGCUCUGGGCACGUGCCAGACAGCAUCUUGAAAGUAUAGUUGCCGCAGAUGCGAACGGUGCUGAUGCCGCUGCUGAUCAUCCAAUGUCUGGCUGA